UGACAGUGAGUCUCCAACAAAAGCAGCUGUGUCGCUCAGCGGUUCCUCUCACUGCUCUGUGCUUUUGGGCCUCACAGAGAUCAGCAUGUCACUACUAUGGACAAUCGUUUUGGGAAUAAUCCUGACUGGACAUCUGUGUGGUGGUCAAGAAGAGCUGCUAGAGGACAGUUUAGAGACAGCAGUGGAUGACGUGACCACUGAGGGAACAGAUGAGCUGGAUGAACUGGAGGAACCGGGGUUAGAUCUCAGUCCACCUGAUGACAGACAGCCGUGUGCCAUGUGGAUGGGCGGUGUUCCUGGCACACCUGGGCACAGUGGAACUCCUGGAAGAGAUGGCAGAGAUGGACGUGAUGGACCAAGGGGCGAGAAAGGAGAUCAAGGUGAAGCAGGUGAGAACGGUGACCCUGGAGAGAAGGGAGACAUAGGCAAUGCAGGACCAAGAGGCUUUCCUGGCAACCCAGGCCUAAAAGGGGCUCGUGGCGAGAGUACCUUGUCCUACCAUUCAGCUUUCAGUGCAGGUCUCAGUGAGAUUGUUUCCGCCACCAACGUGCCAAUCCGCUUCAACAAAUUCUUCUACAACGACCAGCACCACUAUGAUGAUGUUUCCGGAAAGUUCCGCUGUGUCCUGCCUGGUGUCUACUUCUUCACGUACCAUCUGACCGUCUACACUAAAGAUGCGAAAGUCAGUCUCUACAAGAACGACAAGGCCAUCAUGUUCACUUAUGACCAGUACCAGGAGACCAAUGUGGACCAGGCGUCAGGUUCUGUGAUCUUGCGUUUGGAGGCAGGUGAUGAAGUGUGGCUGCAGGUCUAUGGAGACGAGACGGUUGGAGGAGUGUAUGCGGAUAAUACCAAUGACUCCACCUUCUCCGGUUUUCUCUUGUAUCCUGCUAUUCCCGAGAGACGCUGAUGAUAUCCUCAAAUUAUUAAUUAUUUGCCUAUUUUAGCUUCAGUUUUGCGCUAAGCUAUAGUCAUAAUUCAACACAGCUUUGUAAGAAAUGUAAAAUAUUUUUGUGUUAUGAUAGUGUUAUAGUGUGAUAGUGAAGUUUAACAGUCCCUCUGAAGGGAUUAAUGCAUAGGGAUGAGCCUUUCACAAUACAGCACAGUGUGUGACACCGAACAGCUUCCCUUCAAAGGAAUAUUUCCCGAAGUAUGCAUCAGUAUCGAAGUUGUAUUUUUUUUAAAUCCUUUAUUCCAAAGGGCCCCUUAAAGUGUCUAGUUUUGGUCACUUCAAUUUGGAAUCACUCAAUACGGCAUGAUUUUUAACUCACGGUGAUAUAUCCCAUUUGGAGCAAACAGUUUAACUUUUAAACUAUGCCUAGUGAAAGAAAAUACUAAGUACAUUUGAAGAAAGUAAAGAAAGCUACUACUUAACUAAGAAUAGACUAACAGAACUCUUGCAGGUAUUCUUGCAUUAUAACACUAG